AUGUUCAUGGACAGCGCAUCGCCGUGGCAUCGGGGGUACGGGAUGCGGGCCAAGAACGACACCCUGAAGUUCGUGCAGCGGUUCCUCGCCGACAUGAACGGCAUGGGCACUCCGGGGUGUUUCCGCAUGGACAACGGCGGCGAGUUCAACGGCUCCGUGUUCACCUCGUUCUGCGACGCUGCUGGCAUUCGGCGCGAGUACGCCGCCCCCGACACCCCCAACCAAAACGCGGUGGUCGAGAGCGUCAUAUGGCGCGCCAUGAAGGAGGGGCAUGCCGCGCGCCGCCACAUCCUCGCCAUGGGCCAUGUCGACCUCUCCUCCAUCCCCAACGUCGGCGUCAACGGACAUCGCCUGUGGCUUGGCUCGGCGCUGUGGGCAUCCGCCUGCUUCAACCGCUCCGCGACGAAGGUCAACCUGGGCUGGAUGUCGCCGUUCGAGGCGUUCUUUGGCCAGAAGCCGCCCCUCACCGUCGUCCCUUUUUUCCAGGAGGGGAAGAUGCGCGUGAAGCGGGCCACCAAGGCGGACGUCCAAUCCGCGCGGUGCUUCUACCUACGGCACCAACAACCACUCGACGUCUACCGCAGUCGUUCUACGCGCUGACACCGGUCGCCUCGCCCUCACCAACAACUUCGUGUGGGUCAACCGCCGGGUAGGAGCGCCGGCGCCGGUGCCGGGCAUCGGGGGGGUUUCUUCGGUCACCGCCGCGCCCUCAUCGGCUGCCGCACCGCCGCCGCCCCCGCCAUCAAGGACAAACAAGUACACCCCGCCUGCACCAGCGACCACCGCACCGCCGCCGCCCGCUUCUCCGUCGAUCUUCACAGGAUCCUCCGCCCCGUCGCCGAUCUCCGACGCCCCAUCAUUAGCCCCACCGUCGACCGCAGCCACGCCGCCCCGUUCGCCCCCGGGCCUGCCGCCGCCGCUGUCGCAGCCCGUCAGCGCCGCCGCCCCCGCUCCUCCGCACCCGCCGCUUUCGAAACGAGCCGUCAAGGAGUUGGGACGAGAGGACACGAGGAUACACGGCCGCACGCGCGGCGAUGGAGUGCGGUUCAUGGAUGAGCGACAACACCGCCUUGGUCUUUUAGCGAUGAUGGACAAGGAGUCCCUCAUCUCGUUGCUGGCUACCCGCGAGGCCGUCGACCAAGGACGCUGUGACCCACCGCCUCCGCCGCCACCGGAUCCGAGCUUUUGAGGCCGUGAGAGCGGGGGGGCCGUGGGAGCUGGGGGGCACGUGGACUCAGGGGGGGGGGUGAAGGCCGCACAUGUUCGCGUCGAUGUCCGCCACCCGCGAGGACGUGGACGCUGCUCUUCGCGCCGAGCGUCCUCCUGACAAAAUGCCGGACCUUCCUCACUGCCUCGCCAGCGACCUCCGAGUGCCGAAAACGUUGAAGGAGGCCAUGCGGUCUCAACAUUCAGAGUUGUGUGAUGAUGCAGUCGGUUGAGAGUUUUUCGGGCUGUUGGAUGCAGGAACUUGUAGUCCGGUGUAGCAACCAAUAGAGAACGCGAUCAAUGCCAAGUGGGUCUUUAACUGUAAGGCAGACGAGUACGGAUGGCCGACGAAAUUCAAGGCAAGAAUUGUAGCGCAGGGGGACAUGCAGAGGGCUUAGAUUGAUUUUGGAGAAUUAUUUGCACCCACCGUAUCAGUGUCUAGUGUGCGCUUGUUGGCAGCAUUAGCAUGUGAGCAGAAUCUUGACUUGUGCCUAUUUGAUAUUCAGCAGGCUUUUGUGCAUCUGAGCUUGACGAGGAUGUUUUCAUGCGACUCCCGCAGGGGUGUGGUAGGUUAUCUGGCCUGAUCGUGAAGCUGUGCAACAGUCUGCAUGGUUUGAAGCAAGCAUCACGACAUUGGCAUGCGCACCUGACGAAGUGUUUGUCGCUUUAAAGUUUUUGCAGUGUCUGGUGGAUGCAUGUGUUUUUCGAUUGAUGGAGGAGGGACGUGUGAUCAUGAUCAUCGUGGUCUACGU